GUCGCCCCGCGGAAUCCACGGGUGUCGCGGCGCUGCCCCGUCCGAGGGACCGGCGCUGGGGCUGCUCCUCCCGGCAGCCCUGUUACAUCCACCUGGAUCCACUCUCUCCCCAUUGGAAAGUCCAAGACCCUCAGGACAGAGAAAGGGUCUGCAGACUUGCCCCUGUGGGCACCGGCCACUGUACAGACCACUCCCCUUGUGGGCACAAGGAAUCUGAGAUGAGGGUGAGCUAGAUUCUGAUGAUCAUCUUGCUGUCACCUGUAUUGACAGGGUAAAAAACUUGAACAUGCCUCGUAGCCCAACAUCAAGUGAAGAUGAAAUGGCACAAAGCUUUUCCGACUAUUCUGUGGAAUCUGAAUCAGACAGUUCCAAAGAAGAAACUAUUUAUGACACAAUUAGAGCAACUGCAGAAAAGCCAAGCAGCAGAAUGGAAGACAGUCAGAGCAACACAUUAGUGAUUCGAAUUAUAAUACCUGACCUGCAGCAAACGAAAUGCAUUAGAUUUAACCCAGAAGCUUCAGUGUGGGUUGCAAAGCAGCGGAUUUUGUGCACUUUGAAUCAGAGUUUGAAAGAUGUCCUGAAUUAUGGACUGUUCCAGCCUGCAAGCAAUGGUAGAGAUGGGAAGUUUUUGGAUGAGGAACGACUCCUGAGGGAAUACCCACAGCCCGUGAACAAGGGAGUUCCUUCACUUGAGUUUCGAUACAAGAAAAGAGUGUACAAGCAGUUCAACUUGGAUGAAAAGCAGCUGGCCAAGCUCCAUACCAAGGCUAAUUUGAGAAAAUUCAUGGAUCAUGUCCACCAUCUCUCUGUGGAAAAAAUGACCAAGAUGUUGGACCGAGGACUGGACCCCAACUAUCAUGAUCUGGAAAGUGGAGAAACACCCCUAACUUUGGCAGCUCAGCUUGACAAUACAGUAGAAGUGAUAAAAGCUCUGAAAAAUGGAGGAGCGCAUUUAGACUUCAGAGCCAAGGAUGGAAUGACAGCUCUGCACAAAGCAGCCAGGGCCAAGAACCAAGUAGCACUCAAGACCCUUUUAGAGCUGGGAGCAUCUCCCAACUACAAGGACAGCUGUGGCCUGACCCCGCUGUACCACACGGCUGUUGUGGGAGGGGAUCCCUACUGCUGUGAGCUCUUACUCCAUGAACAUGCCACAGUGAGCUGCAAAGAUGAAAAUGGAUGGCAAGAAAUCCAUCAGGCUUGCAGGUAUGGACAUGUCCAACACCUGGAGCACCUCCUCUUCUAUGGCGCCGACAUGUGUGCCCAGAACGCCUCAGGAAACACGGCCCUGCACAUCUGUGCCCUCUAUAACCAGGAGAGCUGUGCAAGAGUCCUGCUGUUCCGGGGAGCCAACAAGGAGAUUAAGAAUUACAACAGCCAGUCUCCAUUUCAGGUGGCUAUAAUAGCUGGAAAUUUUGAGCUUGCUGAAUAUAUCAAGAAUCACAGGGAAGCUGAUAUUGGAUCCUGCUUCCCAUAUCCAAGUAGAAGUCCCUGGAAUCCGUUGCUGUCAGUGCCCUUUAGGGAGGCUCCCACCUAUUCCAACAGAAGGCGGAGACCUCCGAACACCUUGGCAGCCCCUCGGAUCUUGCUCCGCUCCAACAGCGACAACAACCUGAACAUCAACAACCUCCCUGAGUGGUCAGCAUCCUCCUCUGCCUCUUCACACCGCAGCCUUUCACCUCAUCUGCUUCAACAGAUGCAGAAUAAUCCCAAUGGAACUGUAAAAACCGUGGGGAGUUACACUCCGUCCUCCCGGAGCCGGUCACCAUCCCUGAACAGGCUGGGAGACGAUGCCAAGCGGCAGCAGCACAGGCACAUCAGUGCCGUUUACAGUCCUAGUGCCAACAAGGAUACACUGUCUGCCUUGGAUUAUCAGGGUCCCAAACGGAAGCUUUACAGUGCUGUUCCUGGAAGACUAUUUAUUGUAGUAAAGCCAUAUCAACCUCAAGGGGAAGGGGAAAUUCACCUGCACAAAGGAGACAGAGUCAAAGUUCUAAGCAUUGGAGAAGGUGGAUUCUGGGAAGGCAGCACCCGGGGACAUAUUGGCUGGUUUCCUGCAGAAUGUGUUGAAGAAGUUCAGUGCAAACCCAAUGAAAGCAAAGCAGGGAUGUGCCUGGGGAGUCCUGGAGCAAGUUGUGUCCUUUUGGGUGCCCCAGAAAGACAGGGAAUAAGGGCAGCAGGAGCUGGAACCUCAGAAACACGAACAGAUAGAACAAAAAAGCUGUUUAGACACUACACAGUUGGAUCCUAUGACAGCUUUGAUGCUUCAAGUGACUGCAUAAUAGAAGAAAAGGCAGUGGUCCUGCAGAAAAAAGACAAUGAAGGAUUUGGAUUUGUGCUCAGAGGGGCAAAAGCUGACACACCAAUUGAAGAAUUCACCCCAACUCCAGCCUUUCCUGCUUUGCAGUACUUGGAAUCUGUGGAUGAAGGGGGAGUAGCAUGGCAAGCUGGCCUGAGAACUGGAGACUUUUUGAUCGAGGUUAAUAAUGAGAAUGUAGUGAAAGUUGGCCACAGGCAGGUGGUGAACAUGAUUCGGCAAGGGGGCAAUCACCUCGUUCUUAAGGUUGUCACAGUAACCAGGAAUCUUGAUCCAGAUGACACAGCUAGAAAGAAAGCCCCACCACCUCCUAAGCGAGCUCCAACCACUGCACUGACCCUGCGGUCUAAGUCAAUGACCUCAGAGCUUGAAGAGCUUGCUUCAGUACGGAAGAAGAAGGAUAUUCUCCCUUCACAUUUUGAAGGUUUGAAGAAGAGGAUUGUUUUUCGAGUCACACUAAAUAAGGUGGAUGAAAUAGUACCAGUUUCCAAGCCAUCAAGAAUUGCAGACAAUGCAGCUGUGGACUCGAGAGUGGCAACGAUAAAACAGAGGCCUUCUAGUAGAUGUUUUCCCUCAGCUACAGAUAUGAAUUCCAUGUAUGAGAGACAGGGUAUUGCCGUGAUGACGCCCACUGUACCAGGGAGUCCUCAAGGUCCGUUUCUGGGUAUACCUCGGGGUACAAUGAGGAGACAAAAAUCUAUAGGAAUAACAGAGGAAGAACGACAGUUUCUGGCUCCUCCUAUGCUGAAGUUUACCAGAAGUCUCUCAAUGCCUGACACCUCUGAAGAUAUCCCACCACCACCACAGUCCUUACCUCCUUCACCACCACCACCUUCUCCCUCUCUGUACAACUCCCCCAAAUCCCUGACAACAAGGAGCUAUGGAACUAUUAAACCUCCAUUUAACCAGAAUUCAGGUGCAAAAAUUUCCUUGGUUAGGCCUGAGAGCGUGGGAACGAUGAUAAGGGACAAAGGGAUCUAUUACAGACGAGAGCUGGACCGAUACUCUCUGGACUCAGAAGACCUGUACAGUCGAAGUGCUGCAUCUCAGGCAAAUUUCAGGAACAAGAGGGGUCAGAUGCCAGAAAAUCCGUAUUCUGAGGUUGGGAAGAUUGCAAGCAAAGCAGUUUAUGUGCCAGCCAAACCAGCGAGGCGGAAGGGGAUGCUGGUGAAACAAUCCAACGUUGAGGACAGUCCAGAAAAGACCUGCUCUAUUCCAAUCCCAACAAUCAUUGUGAAAGAGCCAUCCACCAGCAGCAGUGGGAAAAGCAGCCAAGGGAGCAGCAUGGAGAUUGAUCCUCAGUCUUCAGAGCAACCGGGGCAGCUCCGGCCCGAUGACAGCUUGGGUGUCAGCAGUCCGUUCGCAGCAGCCAUUGCAGGGGCAGUGAGGGACAGGGAAAAGAGGCUGGAAGCAAGGAGGAAUUCUCCAGCCUUCCUUUCCACAGACCUGGGAGAUGAGGAUGUUGGGCUAACCCCGCCAACACCACGCAUGAGGCAGUCUAAGUUCACCGAUGAAGCAAUGUUCAGUAGCGAGGAUGGUUUCAGACAGCUCAUGUCGCCAUCGCCUAUUCCUGCACCCAGAGAGCCUGAAAGUCUCUUUAAUAGCAGUGAGCCCAGCAAUCAGAGUGACUCAAGGACAUUAAAUAUUUCGUCCAAAAUAAAAGGUACUGACAAUAGUGCAGUGGCAACCAAGUCCACGAACGCAUCCAGCCCGGAGAGUUACGUGCACCCGGUCACAGGGAAGCUGUUGGAUCCAAACUCACCACUAGCCCUCGCGCUCUCUGCCAGGGACAGAGCCAUGAAAGAACAAACACAGCAGAUUCCAGGCAAAGGAGAUGCUGUCAAAACAGACCUUAACAAACCGCUUUACAUCGAUACAAAGCUGAGACCCAACAUGGAAACAACUUUUCCUGUUACUGCCACUGUCACAAGGCAAAACACCCGUGGCUUGUUGAGACGGCAGGAGACUGAGAAUAAGUAUGAAACAGAUGCAGGGAAAGAAAAGAAAGCUGAGGAGAAGAAGAACAUGUUGAUAAACAUUGUGGAUACCUCACAGCAGAAGUCAGCUGGCUUGUUGAUGGUUCAUACCGUGGACACAGUGAAGUCAGACGAUAUGGCUGAAGAUGAGGAGGAAAAGGAAGCUGAGAUGGAGCCAAGUCCUGAAAACUCCCCUCCAGAGAGGGUAGAGGGGAGCAAGGAAGUGGAAGAAAGUGAGCUGAAUGCACCUGCUGCACCUGAGCCACCGGCAUCUCCCUGCAAAACCAUCAUGGCAGCAAGCUCUGUCGACGACCCUGUCAUCCUGCCCUUCCGCAUCCCCCCACCACCCCUGGCAUCGGUGGAUAUUGAUGAAGAGUUUAUGUUCACUGAGCCAUUGCCCCCUCCCUUGGAGUUUGCCAACAGCUUUGAUAUCCCCGAUGACCGCACGGCUCCCGGGUCGGCUCUGACAGACCUGAUCACGCAGAGGAAGAAUGGCACACCCUUCCCCCCCAGCCAGCCAACAAAUUCCCUAGACAGCAAAAAGCAAGUGGGUCUUUCAAACUGUUUGCCUGCCUCCUUUCUGCCACCCCCUGACAGCUUUGAUAACGUCACUGACUCUGGGAUUGAGGAGGUAGACAGCCGAAGUAGUAGUGACCAUCACUUAGAGACAACCAGCACUAUCUCAACGGUGUCCAGCAUCUCUACCUUAUCCUCAGAAGGGGGGGAGAAUGUGGAUACUUGUACAGUCUAUGCAGAUGGGCAAACAUUUCUGGUGGACAAACCCCCAGUACCUCCUAAGCCAAAAAUGAAGCCCAUAAUCAACAAAAGCAAUGCACUUUACAAGGACGCGCUGAUCGAGGAGACUGUGGACAGCUUUGUGAUCCCUCCUCCCGCUCCGCCCCCACCUCCCAUCAGUGCCCAGCCCAACAUGGCUAAAGUUGUUCCCCAAAGGACAUCCAAGCUAUGGGGGGAUGUGCCGGAGGUGAAAAGCCCGAUUCUCUCAGGCCCCAAGGCUAAUGUUAUUAGUGAAUUGAACUCAAUACUCCAGCAAAUGAACAGAGAGAAAUCCUCAAAGCCAGGGGAGGGAUUGGAGUCACCGACUGGAACAAAGACUGCAAGUCUCAGUACAAGGAGCACGGAAGUCAUGAGUACUGUCUCAGGUACACGAAGUACAACAAUCACUUUCACUGUCCGACCCGGAGCCAGCCAGCCGAUCACACUGCAGAGCAGGUCCCCAGACUAUGACAGUAGGACCUCAGGAGCAAGACAUGCUCCAAGCCCUGUGGUUUCACCAACAGAGAUUAAUAAAGACAUCAUACCUGCCUCUCUGACUGCUUCUGCUUCAGCUUCAUCUCCUUCUCCAACUCUGUCUGAUGUAUUUAGCCUACCUAGCCAGCCCCCUUCUGGGGACUUAUUUGGCUUGACCACAGGGCGCAGCAGGUCUCCUUCUCCCUCAAUAUUACAACAGCCAAUCUCAAAUAAGCCUUUUACAACUAAGCCUGUCCACCUGUGGACUAAACCAGAUGUGGCAGAUUGGUUGGAAAGUCUAAACUUAGGUGAACAUAAAGAAACAUUCAUGGACAAUGAAAUAGAUGGCACACAUUUACCAAAUCUACAGAAGGAAGAUCUGAUAGACCUUGGAGUGACUAGAGUUGGGCACAGAAUGAAUAUAGAAAGAGCUUUGAAGCAGCUGCUGGACAGAUAAGAAUAGCUAUUUUGCCUCACAAACUUCUGUUGAUAACUAGAGAUGGGCUGGUACUGACAUACCCCAAAUGCCUUGUGUGUCUGCGAGUGCCAGCAAAAUUGGGGGAUGGGGAAGGGAAAAACAGUUGAAUUCCUGGUACUCAGGUGAUGCAGACUGUAUGCUACAUGCCCAAACACAAAUCUAAAGAUGUUAAAGUAAGUGGGGCCAUUUUAUUUCAAAGUUGUGGGGAGAUAUGAGAGAGAGACAAUUGUUAACUUCAAAAAUACUAUCUCUUGAUGCCCUUUGCUGGGAUCGUGAUGUACUGCUUUUCCUUCCAUUUCAAAUUGCAAACAUUUCAGGGCUUUUUUUAUUGAGAAAAAGAAAAAAUAAUUGAAUUUUAUUUUUUUCUCUUCUUGACCUUCAGUCUCCGAGCAGGCUUCCUUCCCCAACUCUUGGCUCAUUUUAAGAGUACAGGUUGCUUCAUUACCAUUCAAACCCAUUUUUUUUAGGAGCAGAGGCAUGAUAUUGAGAUGGGUACAGGAGUUCAUGUUACUCUUUUUUACUGGUUUAGCUCUCUGAUUUGUUGGCAGUGAAGCUGGUUGUUCUGCUGGAAGUAGUUCAAAGGUAACCUUGCUCUGUUUUACCUGGUAUUUCUUUAUUUCUGCAGUUAUAUUUAGCACUCUUCCAAGGUGGCAGAACAAGUUCAAUAUACGCUCCAUUGACUUGACUUGUAAGAUAAUGCAGACGUUGCAUAAAACCCAAGGAGGGAUGCACACUUAGAGGUACAAUAAAAUGAAGCUAGUUUGAACCUGAGAUCCCCAGUUUUCAACCAGCUAAACCACUGCUAAUUCACAAUGUGAACUCCACAAGCCGGGAAAAAUUUUGGGUCAUGUGCAGAUGCAUCUUUUGGACUCAACAGUCGGACACUCAAAUAUGCUGGGCCCUGAGAGGUGCUGUUUAAUUCAGUGAGUGGUAAGUGCUUAGUUAUUUUCAACAUCAGGCCAAAAAAGAAGGAAAAAGGCAGAUGAAUGUUCCCAUUGAAGUCAGUGGGAAGGGUGCUAGGAUUUUAGGAUUUCAGCCUGUUAGAAAUGGAAAUGUUUCAGCUUGUUUAAAAAAAAAAAAGACAAAAAGGUGACACCAAGAUGGAAAGAGCUGUAGGGUGUCUCAGGAUGCAUGUAUUCCAAGAGCCCAAGAGGUUUGGGGAGGGCUCCAGUGUCUCAUUUUAUCGCUGUUAACAGGUAUUGGCUUCUUGACAGGCACAGGCUGGGUGCUGGGGGGAGGUGGACGCUGCUCAUCCUUUCUUUGGCAGGACAGAUGUGUUUACCCUGCCAGAAACCAGGGCUGGGUGCUGGGGGCAGAGAGAGCUUUCCAGGAGACUUCAGUCAGCAGGGGAGAAACACCCACAUUUGGUUCACAUGACUUUUAAAAAAAAUUUCUUUUUUAUUUUUUUGACAUAAAUUUUAAAGUUAACAAGUCUCUCUCUACAUGUUUGGACUCCCCUUGUAAUUAACACCUCUGAAUAUCUGUGAGUUUUGUAGGUCUUUAUGGACAGAAUAUUCAAGAUGUUCAAGGUGGGUAAAUUGAGUGUGGAUGGCUAAACUGCCUACCUACCAUACUUUCAGGUUCUCUUACAUUUUACAAGGUACCUGACUUUCUUUCCUUGAUAUGGUCCUUGAUAUGGUCCAGCCUAUCUCUAAUUUUUUUAUUGUGAUUAUUUUUUGCUCACGAACAAGUGUCUAAUUAGGUCUGCAACAGCCCUAGUAUGAGUACAUAAAGUUUAGCAUUUUAAAUAUCUUUCUUUACUGCAAGUUUAAAUAGUUGUACAGAUAGUUUAUAAGCACAAUAUUUUAAGAAAAUAAGUGGCUGGUCUACUGGGCAGCCUUUGUGCCACUUCAGUGCUAGGAAGUUAAAAACAAGGAAAAAAAAAACAACAAAAAAAAACUUUUUGUGGUUUACUACUAUUUCUGUGGAAUAAUUAUAAAGUCUUGACCUUUUUAAAAUCAACCUCAUUUGGAUGCAUCUGAACCAGCAGAGCUGUGUUAUAUUUUCUAUCUUUGCUAGAACUUCUACAGAGGAGGAUGAAUAUUUCUUCAAAAGUGGUUGUAGUUACCAACACAUUGGAUACUCACAAAAAGCCUCCUGCCCCCUUUAUGGAACAACAAAUAUUUUGACCUAACAUCUGUUACUACUCUAUAUUUGUAUUUGAAAGUUCCAAGGAACCUUGUAAUAAAAAAAAUGAAGUACUAAGUCAUUUUCCUUCCAAGAGUACUGAAUUUUUCCAUAGGUGGUGUAGAAAAUGGCAGUUCCACUCAGAUAGUUGAUGCUGGCAACUUGAGGCCAUCACAUACUUUAAGAAGUGAAAAAAAUGGUAAUUUAGCCAUCUUUGUCUUCCAUUUGGUGAUACAGAAUUCAGUAAAUAAACCACUAAUGCCAUGCUCUUUUUUCUUUUUUUGUUUGUUUGUUUUUUGUUUGUUUUGUUUCUUUGGGUAUAGUUGCUAUUACCUCUAUAACAUGUGCCAGAAAUACAUUAAAGAAUAACCGUAGUAAAAGAAAAUGUAGAAGUUGACUUUUAAGCUGCUUUUGAAUCACAACCUUGUUGAGUUUCUGUUGAACAAGUGCUGACACACCUUUUAAAUUCCAGUUGACAUCAUCCCUUUCUUACACAAGUGUGUUUCUUGCUCUUGUGCGUCGUUUCAGGCAAUGAAAGAGUAGGUGCAAUGCAAGGAGUAGAAAAGAGGUUGAACACGUUAAAGAGCCAACAAAAUAGUUGAUUUUUUACACUGUGUCUUACAAAAUGAAGGUAAGGAGACCUGAGAGGACCUACUUUCACCACGAAAAUACACCUCUGCCAAGAUGAAUUGGUCUCUGAUUGGGGGAUGGUUUGGCUACAGAAAGCAAUAGUAACAGAUAACGACAUCACCUCUGAGUGUUCUCACCAGUCUGGAAAUGUUGGGGUGGGAGGAGAGAAGACCCAUUUCUUUCAUGCUACUCUGAUAGUGAAAAACAAGUCGUUAGAGAUCUAUGAUAUUCUGGGUUUUAGGAUAAACUUUUGUUUAUAUACUGUAAUUUAAAUAAAUUGCAUUUACAUGCCUAGUUUCUGUAAUAUUUGUGUAUACAAUACCAAAAUCCUACAAGAUGUAAAUUGUGUAUAACUGCACAGACUCCUUGCCCUAGGUGUCUGAGAACAUUUUAAGUUUAAUUCAUAUAUUAUAAAAUUACUAGAUGUGACUGUUGAUUUACAGAAUUUACAUAUCACAAAAAGUUAAUUAUUUGUGGUACUUAAGUUAAUAAAAAAAUAGUGAAUUCUUUUUCUUUUUUCUCAGUUCUUAAAAAGCAUUACCCAGUUGAUCUGGCGAUGAUUAUGUGUAUGAGCCACAAAUAUUGAUAAUUUUUCCAUUACAUUUUUUCUUUUCUUUUCUAGAUAUUAAUAUGUUUCUCGCUAUAGUUUGUGUAACAACUUGUGUUCACGUUAUCUAUGUUGCUGUAAUUUUUGUGCUUUAAUUCCUCUUAUUUCAACUGAUUAAAAAAAUCAAGCUCCUGUAACUUGCACUUUUCCCCAAUCCUUAAUACUCUUGUAUGGCAACCAAAAUUACUGUAAGAAAUAAAUAUAAUAUUGCACUAA